AUGGGUGCUACCAUUUCCAAUAUCUCCUCCGUCCCCUACUACGUCCUAGGGCUUUCGGAGAUCCUCUCAGGAAUCGAGCAAGAAACCUUCGAGAUGCCGGACGAAUGUCCCACCCUGACCACCGUCGAUACGCCGUUAACUGAGUCAAGCAUGGCUCUAGUGCCUGAAAUCGAGCAACAAGACACAUUCUCUGUUCUUUCGCCCGCGAAGAUGGGCGAAAGGCUGCCAAUUAUCGUUGAGGAGCACGAAAUCAACCCAGCGCUUUUGGACGAACCGACAGAAGAAAAGGAACGGUAUUUUGAUCCGGAGUCCUGUGAAGAGGAAUGUGAAUGUGAUCUCAAUUCGCAGAUAUAUGAGUUGGAAGGGGAUUCUAGGGAGGAGGUGGACGAGGACGGAGAAGAGGAUUUCGAGAGCCCGGCCUCACCAAAUACACAACGGGAGUUGGCCGAUCAGGCAGCCGCCGCAAUGGAUGCAGAACCCGAUAUGGAACCCCAAGUCUCGCUGUGCGAACUACUCGAGGACCGAUUCACCGAGCUCGAAGCGCUUCGACGCGCGCUGAAAGUCCAGAAAUGAGUGGACUCCGCCCUAACCGGCGACGGCAAGCUCAAAGCCACUCUAGCGUCGCACGUUGUGGCGGAAGUGGAGAAUAAACUGACGAUGCUGGGAAUCUAUCGAUUCUUGUACAGUAGUAGCAAUUUCUCCCAGAACUUCUGUAUUAGUCUGCUGGACUUGACGGCCCCGAAACGUCGAGCAAGAAGGUGGCGCUGGAUUUCGGAUUUGCGGAAUUGCUUACGUGUGCGGAGUAAAAUUCCAAGGGAGGAAAGGGGGUUAAUCUACUGCUUGUCACUGGUUUAAUGAUUUCAGGUCACUACCCUAGAUUUUCGCGAUGAAUCCUACACAGAGAAUAUGAAGUACUGCAAUGGUUCGUAUCUCAUUAUCACUCCUGCAUUCUCCGCACUGCCCUCAACGUCGAAAAGCAUCUCAUCCCCCUACACACCAGAUCGCAUCAUGUACUCAUUCCCAGCAUACCAAUUCCCCCUCCCCUCCGG